AUGGCAGCGACUGUGCACCCGGUACAGGUCAUUGCCACCACGGGCACCCACCUCGUCGCUGCGAGCGACCGCCAGCUGUCCGUGUUCGAUGCCGCCACGAAUGCGCUCGUUGCCACCAAGGCCCACCACACGGCCCUCGUCCGCCUGAUCACCCCCUGCGUCGACCCGGCCACCGGCACCGCCUACCUCGUCUCGACCGGCGAGGACAAGCAGCUCGUCGUCUCGACCCUCCCCUCGCUCGACCUCGUCAGCUCCCGAGAGCUCCCAAAGCGCGCAAACGCCCUCGACAUCGCCCCGAACGGCGACGUCGUCGUCGGUGACAAGUUUGGAGACGUCUACAUCUUCCCGCUCCACGCGCCCGUCAUCCCCGAGGGCACCAAGCCCGAGGACGUGCCCAAGCCGCAACCCGUCCUCGGCCACGUCUCGAUGCUCAACACGAUGGCCCUCAUCCCCGCCGACCCGGCGCACGGCAUCCCUCGCGACUGGAUCGCGACCGGCGACCGCGACGAGCAUGUGCGCAUCUCGCGCUACCCGGCCGGGCACGUCAUCGAGAAGUUUGGCUGGGGCAGCAAGGCCUUCGUCUCGGCGCUCCUGUACCUCCCCGCACCGGCCUCGUCCUCGACCACGUCCACCGACGAGCCGCCGUACCUCGUCUCGGGCGGCGCCGACUCGACCCUCCAGGUGUUCGAGCUCCCGUCGGCCAAGCUCGUCGCGCGCUUCCCCGUGCACGACCUCGUCUUCCCGUACCUCGCCGUCGGGCCCGAGGCGCCGAUCCCGAUCCCGUCUGGGCGCAAGAAGAGCAAGACCGGGCCCAAGGGCAAGGGCAAGCUCGCCGACGCGGCCUCGGCGGCGACGACCGAGACCGAGGAGGGCACGCCUGCAGCCGAGGACGGCGAGCAGGAUCAGGGGCAGGAGCAGGACGCAGUGGGCGGUGCCGGCGCAGGGCGCGAGUUGACCAAGGGCCUCGCCGUCGUCAAGCUCGUGUCGGUCGGCGCGUCGCGCGCAGACGGCGGCGUCGUCGUCCUCGCCGCGGGCUCGACCGCCCUCCUCUACAUCCCCUUCUCGCUCCUCCUCCCUUACCCGUCCACCACCGCCGACCCCGCCACGGCCCCGACGCCGAGCCUCCUCCCCUUUGCGCACCCGAUCCUCGACUUUGCGCCGUCGCCCGUCCCCUCGGUCGCCGGCUCGCUCGCCGAGUUCCUCGUCUCGCUCGACACGACGCGGCCCGUCGCGACGCCGACCGCGACCCCGAUCGUGCGCGCCGCCCUGUCGAGCGCCGGCCAGCUCUCGGCGGUCCCGAGCCUCGCGACCGACGCCGUCGCGCUCCUGCAGGCGUGCAGCGCCUCGAGCGCCACCGCCGGUGCCGCGGGCGCCAAGGCGCACAACAACGUCGCGAGCGUCGCGAGCCUGUACCCGGCGCUGCAGCUCCUGCACCACCCGGGCGACGAGGAGUUUGCGGCGCCCGCCCCGGCGACCGACGACUUGCCCGCCGACGCGCACGCGCUCGCGCAGGCGGGCGUCGGCGACGGCAAGCCCAAGGGCGGGCGCGGCAUCAAGCGCGCGCUGCCGAGCUCGUUUGGCGAGGGCCAGGGCGGCGACGGCGGCGCGGGUGCGGGUGCGGCGGCGGCGGGCUUGCACGACAAGUUCAAGGUGGGCAAGCGGGCGAUCGGGCGCGCCGAGACGCUCAAGCGGUACGAGGAGGCCAAGGAAAAGCUGCGCGCGCAGCCGGGCGGCGAGGGCCUCACCGAGGGCGAGAAGGCGGCCGUGCGCGAGAUGGAGGACGAGGCUGCCCAGGCGAGCAAGGACGGCGGGGCGCAGGUCGAGGGCGCCAUGGUCGCGUAG